UUUAUUUUGUUUUUCUAGACUGGUCUAGAUGGGAAAAUCUAGACCACUUUCAAUAUUGAUCUCAGCCCAUCAAAUUAGUAAAUUCGGUAGUCCCCAGUCCUUAUGAGACACAGCCAUAUAAUAAGAGGUCAUGAGGUCAUACCAAAUGUUCUGUUAAAUUUGAAUUCAGAUAUCUGGACUCAGCUAAAGGAAGUUAAAAUUUACAAGCCUCGACAGGACUUUUUUUCUGAGGUACUCAAUCUGUGUCACUUUAAAACAUGAUUAGUAACUUAGAAAAUUGUUGCAUCACGAAAUAUGCGAAACACCUAUUGUUCCGGUGUUCCUUAGACUUGCCAGUCCUUCCCAAUACAAUUUUUGCAAUCUCCAUGGUAACCAUCGUUCGAGAGACUUCAUUACCUCAACAAAUUUUAAGAUGGCGUUUUCUCCUCGAUCUAACACAACUUUUGGGCUUCCGCCAAGAAAGGAGUCUCCUUUAGAACUUGCAUUUGACUUGAACAGCUUCGUCCGUCAAGCUCCCCACGAUGAAAGAGACAAACCACUAAACACUGCUCAACAAAGAUUGUGGCUUGACAUCACUCAUCUAGAUACAACACAGUUGGAACAAAUCGACGAUGAUUACAACAGCAACAAGUGGAAGAAUUUCAAAUUCGUUCGUCCAAAACAUAGUGCUGAUCGUGAAAGAGGACGAAAAUCACUGCAAUCCCCAGCUGGUAUGAUCGCAGAUAUUUAUCCUUUGUCUGUUCCUAAACCAUCGCGAAUCGGUGAUCAUACCAACCAAAAAUUCUUGCAAGAGGUGAAAUUGCCCCCCACGAUACAGAAAGUGGUUGGAUGGCAGAAGCAAGGAAAGCAAGAGCUACAGUCAAGGACGUUAAAGGCACAAAGCGAAUGUCGUGCACCGCCAUUAGACUGGGAGGGAAAUAUUUUACCUCCAGCAAAAUACAAAAGAUAUCCACGAAUGGAAACUUUCCUGUCAGAUGAAUUUGUUCCGUUUUAUUCGUCCUACAGUACACCAUUUCCGAGGAAAAUACACUCGAUACGAUCGAGUUCGCUUUACUCUCCGUCUCGACAAGGGAUUCCAUGGCAUUAUGGAUUACGGGUAAAAAGGCCGCACUUGGAGUAGGAAGAUUCGAUGGAGGUGUUGACCUAGUGGAUGGAUUACGAAGGCAUAAUCGGCUCAUGUGCGCCAAGAUUCCAUACAAGUGGUGAUUGACAACAGGACGCAGAAAAACGCAAAUAAUGAUUUGAUUACAGCCAUGGUUGUUACAGUGUGGACUAGGGAGACAGUCAAUCCUCGUCUGACAGACUCCUCUCUGGGAAUAUGCUUCCUUUAUUAUCAGACAAAGAGGGGUUUUGCCCCCAGCGCCACAACUGACCGACAGAUUGCUCCAUUCACUUCAAGAAAUCCAUCACUUGUCACAGCAGAUUAGUCAAUUGCAAACGUAUAUCCACUAUAAGGAAUAUUUUCAUUUGAAAAGGGUGCUGUACGUACUGGCCAGUUUUGAUUUUAAAAUUAAUUGGCUUAGCCAUUCAGUUUGAAGUCAUGCAGUCAAGUACAUGUACAUUGCCCCACACAGAUGUGAUGAACCCCACCUUGCCAACUACUUCUCCACUAAGGGUGGCUGUGUACAAGAUUUCAACAACCCAGAGUUCUAGCUGUUCGUAACUCUUAAAGAAAAUGCUUGUCUCCAAUAGCAAGGCGAUAAUCUUGUCAGGGUUACAAAAGCCUUACAGAAUGCCACUCUCUUGCAUGAUACUAAUUUGGGGACAACUGCUCCUAGCUAGUCCUCUACACAAUCAUAUUUUUGUACAUCUUGGAUUAGAAUCCUGAUUUUUUUCAUGGGUGGAGAGGGAGUAGGACUCAUGUACACAGUUAUUAUUACCCAGAACAGUUAUUCCUCAUCAUAGAAUGUCUCUCACUGAUUGAUAGACUUUGUGUGAUGACUUAAAAAUGGCUGUAUAAAAGAUGGGAAAGAAAAUAGUUGCCUUAAAAAUUGCAGUCAAUCUCAAAAUUACAUAACAUUCAAUUAUUUUUUGGCCUUAAAGCUUGGUAUUUAUCAACCCCACUAUCAAGUGCAUCAUAACUUAAGAUACAAGAAAAUGACAUCAGUCUAAAGAAGAUUGGCAAAGUUUGUAUUCAGAGCUUUUUUAUAUUCAGUAUUUAUCUUGUAAGAAUAAAUCUAUCAUCUUACAAAAACUA